UUUUUAUUCUAGCAGUAGAGAGCGAAUGCUCUUCAUUAGAUGCAGGUAACAUCGGAAACCGUCGUUUCUCGCCAUCGGCCAUACCAUGCGCAUUCUACUUCCUGACGCGCUAGCGAACGGACGCAGAAAACAGGUGCAGCGUCGAAGAUGACAAGGACUGCGAGAUCGUGCUGCCUGCUCUGCCCACCGAUCGUGUUGUUUUAAACACGUUGUUUUUGCGCGGUGACGUGCGGGUGAGGACCUACAGGGUCGAAGGUUUCCGAGACGCCCUCCCCAAUGCUGGUGAGCUCCCCGAAGCCAUGGCGUUGGGAGCGUACCAGAUCAACCAUGUGUGGGCGGUGACGUUCGACAGAACGGAAGCAACAAAGAAACUGGCUGCGUUCCAAGAGCUGCAAGUUAAAGGCCACCGGUGCAUUGGUAUUGACCCCGAGGACCAGCAGGUUAAACUGCGCCUGCAUUGGAUGCUCCACGGAGUGCAAGAUGAAGACAUCCGGACUGCUUUCGCGGCGUUCGGGAACUAGACCGAGGUGACACGGGAGCGUUGCAGCGUCCAAGGCAUGAGAGAGGUGCUCAACCACGAGGACCGUGCUGCUCAAGCUCAAGCUGGGAAUGAAGGUGGACGACCUGCCCCACCAGGUGCGAGUCACCGGUGGUUUGCCCUUGCGGUGGUACCCGGGCGGGCGAUGCAGUCAGUGCCUGUGCUGCAAUGGCACGGGCCAUGAUCGCCGCGUCUGCAAGGUGCCCAGGUGUUCGAAGUGCAGACGCUAGGGACGCGCGGACGCUGACUGCGUCCGUACCUACGCGUCGGCUACCGGGCUGGAAAGGACGAACGAGAACGCGGAAGUCAUGGACGUCGCUGAAGCGGAGGAUGCAGGGAGGGGAACGGACGAGGCGGGCAAGCAGACGCGGAGACUCGACUCGUCAGCGUCUUCCAGCGGAGACGCCCGUACUGGCAAGGUGCCGGUUCUACGAGCGCGUACAUCAAGCGGUAUCAUCAUCAUCAUCAUCAUCAUCAUCGUCGUCGUCGUCAUCGUCGUUAUCAUCAGCCUGGCUACGCUCCCUGCAGGGCAAAGAAACCCAGAGCAUGGCAAAGCACAAUGCUGAAGUGUUCGUGCUCGCGAGCCUGCUCGCGAACGUGGCCGCACUGGCGAUCGACAAGUCCGACGGCGGCUACAAAGACGUGCUGAUCUCCAUACACGAAGACGUCCAGCCAGACGAGACUAUCGUGGAUAACCUCAAGGUUCUGCUCCGGGCAUCGUCGGCAUUCCACCACCGUGCCACAAAUGGCCGAGUGUAUUUCAGGCACGCGAUCAUCGACUUCCCGGUGACGUGGCCUAAAAGAAGCGUCGCCCGGGGCGUGUCGUCAGCGUUUUUCACUUGGAGCGACGUUCGUGUCGAGAAUCCCACACGAAUUGACGACGUGCCUGUCUACGCGAAGGCAUCGAGGCGCUGUGGUCAGCGGGGCAAAUUCAUCCAGCUGUCGUCCAGCUUUCUCGCAGGCCUCAACUCGUCAACUACCGAGACCUACGAGAGCGCAGCGUAUGCCUUCGUACACGCGUGGUCGAAAUUCAGGUAUGGUGUGUUCGAAGAGUAUGGCAGCAUCUAUGACGACAACAAUCCUUUGACCUACUGCGCGCCUGACGGAAAGGUCAUCUUGAACUCGUGUUCAAACGGAAUUUUAUUUAGCACUGAGGGAACAUGUGAGAUCCGAGAAAACUGCCAAUUUAACGAGAACUGCAAAGUGAUUAUCUUUGAAGAAACUGACAACCCGGUUGAUUCGUCCAUUAUGUUUAUGCCUUACCUCAAUAAUGCAAGUAUUCCUGUAAUAUUGGCCUGUCUUCGCAUACGUGUCGUUCAUUUCUACCACAGAAUUCAUUUACACAUCAGUGCCUGCAGGAAAUGCGACAUUGUGGAAGAAGUCUUUUAA